GUACGUGGAUGAUGUCAUCUCUCGGAUCGGCAGGAUGUUUCCUGAUUUGACCAUCGAGUUGUUCAGACCUAACGGGACGUCAGCUGUUCUUCUGGUGACCCUGGGGAAGGUGUUAAAAGCGAUUGUUGUGAUGCGUUCACUGUUCAUUGACAGAACAGUCGUUCGAGGAUUCAAUGAGAAUGUUUACAACGAGGAUGGAAAGCUGGACAUCUGGUCCAAGUCUCAGUACCAAGUGUUCCAGAAGGUAACUGACCACGCCACAACUGCCCUGCUGCAUUAUCAGUUGCCCCAGAUGCCCGAUGUCGUGGUGCGUUCCUUCAUGACCUGGCUGCGAAGCUACAUUAAGCUAUUCCAGUCGCCGUGUCAGCGUUGUGGUCGUUUCCUGCAGGAUGGACUUCCUCCGACGUGGCGUGACUUUCGGACCCUGGAGGCAUUUCACGACACGUGUCGCAUGUAAACAAGCAUGUGACAUUUCUUUUUUAAUUUUAAAUAAAGUUUCAUUUUUUACAGA